CCGGGGAGGAGCGGCGCCGCUACACCCACCGGAAACGGUCUCUGCAGUGCGAGGCAGAAAAUUAAACUGAGGCAGAGCGGAAUUUAGUCGGUUCUGUGUUUUUUUGUGCCCUGACACAUUUGCCAUGUGGUUUAAUGACACGGGACCCGCGAGGCUCAGUGAGUUAUUAGCGCGUUAGACGAAGCAGCGCUCACGGACUGUGUGGGAGCAGGCAGAGCCGCGCGGAACUGCCCCUCUUCAACCAGCGGCUCUGAGACCAUGGGAGACGAACAGGAGCGUCUUUAAAUAGGAUUACGGCUCAAAGUUUUCCCCGCAGCGUUACGUUUGUCAAUGUGCCCGGACCGACGGAGCGCCAUGAGGCUGCCGUUUACCUGAUUUACCAACCUGCUGUUUUUUUUAUCCAUCUGGAAAGUUCUUGGCAGUGUGUGAGAGUGUGUGUGUGGGGGGGAAAAAGGCACAGCUACCUUUUCCGCUAGUCGCUUGAGCGUUGAUGGUGCUUUUCGCACAUGACAGACAUCAGUGUCAGUGCUGCCUCUCUGUUCCUGGACGUUUCACUUCAUAAAGUCUUUUAUGGGAUUCCUGUCGGCGAAGCAGAAGCGGACCUGAGCCAAAAUGGUGAACUGGAGGCGGCUGCUACGAAUGUCCAACCGGUCGUUUCUGGCCUUCAUAUUCUUCUUCUCCAUGUCCACCACUUGUCUCUACUUCAUAUAUGUGGCGCCCGGAAUAGCCAACACGUACUUAUUCAUGGUGCAGGCUCAGGGCAUCAUGUUGAGGGACAAUGUGAGGACCAUUGGCCAAAUGAUCCGAUUGUACACCAACAAGAACAGCACAGUUAAUGGGACAGAUUAUCCUGAUGGAAGUAACUCCAGUGAAUACCUGGUCCAGCCGACUCAGUACCUGCCAGAGAACUUCACAUACGCUCAGAACCUCCCCUGCCCUGAGCGAUUACCUUCUAUGAAGGGCGUGAUGGACGUGAACAUGACAGAGAUCCCCAUGGAGGAGAUCGAACUGAAGUUCUCCACAUUGUUUGACAUUGCGUUUGGAGGACAUUGGAAACCGAAGGACUGUCAACCUCACUGGAAGGUGGCGAUCCUGAUCCCGUUUAGAAACCGGCAUGAGCAUCUCCCCAUCCUCUUCCAACACCUCAUCCCCAUGCUACAGAGGCAACGCCUGCAGUUUGCCUUCUACGUCAUUGAACAGAGUGGCAGUCACCCUUUUAAUAGAGCCAUGCUCUUUAACGUGGGAUUCCUGGAGGCCAUGAAGGACUUGGACUGGGACUGCUUUAUCUUCCACGAUGUUGACCAUAUCCCAGAGAAUGACCGAAACUACUACGGUUGUGGUCAGAUGCCACGGCACUUUGCUGCCAAGCUGGACAAAUACAUGUACAUCCUCCCCUACAAUGAAUUCUUUGGUGGUGUGAGUGGAUUCACCGUGGAUCAGUUCCACAAGAUUAAUGGCUUUCCCAAUGCAUUCUGGGGCUGGGGAGGAGAAGAUGAUGACUCGUGGAACAGGGUUCAUUACGCUGGUCUGAACGUCACGCGACCAGAAGGAGAGCUCGGCAAGUACAAGUCCAUUCCUCACCACCACAGAGGAGAGGUGCAGUUCCUCGGCAGGUAUAAACUGCUGAGAUAUUCCAAAGAGCGACAACACUUGGACGGCCUCAACAAUCUCCAUUACAGCCCCCACAUCUCCCUCAGCAGCCUUUACAAGAACAUCACGGUGGACCUGAGCCCUGAGCUCGCUCCCAUCACAGACUACUGAACUCCCAACUCUCCCUCCCUCCCUCACCCUCCAGACCCUCAACUCACCCCAGCCUCCCCCUCCAGCACUGGCACUGGCAGAGCGGUGGUGGUGGUGGGGCGUCACUAUUUAAUGCUGCCAAGAAAUCCUAAUAAAGGAAAAAAAAAAGAAGAAAAAAUGAACUGUAAAAUCAAGAGGUCGUGGCAAGCCUCUCAGAGAGUGUGUGUGUGUGCGCGUGUGUGUGCGUGUGCAUGUCUUUUUGUCCUUGCUGGCUUAACUACUACGAGUUGGUAUAGAUGUGGAGGGAGUGGCAGCAGCUCAGCUCUGAUGUUUACUGCAAAGCCUUAAUGUGGCCAAAAAAAGAAGAAAAGAGAAAAGCACGGCUCCCUCCGGUUCACUCCGGUUCGCUCCGCUUCACUUCUUGCGAAUCACCGUCACCUUACAAGCCAACAGACAAGAGACUCACUUUCUACAGUAUCUACUUUUCUUUUAUACAUAUCAUUUUGUUAACCGUGUUAUUCCUUUUUUAAAAAGGACGGAUCCGAGCAAGGUUUGUUUUGUUGUUUUUGAUACAUGCUGUAUAUUUAUUUUAACGAUCCCUGUCUGUCACUCGAGUAUUUGCUGUCUGUUGUUUUUUUGCUGCUGCACUGCUGCUGAACUCCGCAUGAACAUGUAUGUAAAUAUGAGCUCUGGCCUUCUAGAGCUUGCCAAAACACAGAAGACGACGAAGUAUGUAAAUAUAAGCCUUUAUACGCUCGGGCAGAUCACCGUGACGACGAUAUUCCAGUGGGUUUGACUUUAGUUUUUUGGCAGCUACCUUUGUUUUAAGGAUUCAAUAAGAGUGUGCGGUCUCUUCCGAGCAGGAAGAUCUCCUGACAGUGUAGGAUGUUUGACUGAAAUGUUGAGAUUUGACUUUUAUCUCUGCAUGCUUUAAUUUAUUUUGUUUACCAAAAAAAGAGUUGUUGUUUUUUUUUUUUGGUUUUCCAAACAUAAAUUAUUUCGUCAGUAA